AUGUCAGCACUCACGCGUGUUUUCCCAAGAGUUAGAGCUUCCCUUUUCCGUUCAGCUAGAUUUCAGUUGAGGGCUUAUGCCUCGUACCCUCCACACACCGUUAUCGACAUGCCUGCUUUAUCGCCCACCAUGACACAAGGUAACAUAGCGGUGUGGUCCAAGGAAGUGGGUGAUAAGCUAGAACCGGGUGAAGUGAUUGCUGAGGUUGAAACAGAUAAGGCCCAAAUGGAGUUCGAGUUCCAAGAUGAUGGUUAUCUUGCUAAGAUCCUCGUUCCAGCGGGAACAAAGGAUAUCCCUGUGGGCAAGCCUAUUGCCGUGUACGUGGAGAACGAAGAUGAUGUUCCACUCUUCAAGGACUUUAAAGUCGACGACUCUGCCUCUAAGAAGCCCGAGGCUAGCAAGCAAGCUGAAUCCUCCAAGGCUGAUACGUCCUCUGACAACGUGCCACAAAAGCAACCAGAGACAAAGUCAAGCAAUGCCCAGCGUACCUCUCCAGGUGGCAGAAUAAUUGCUUCUCCAUUGGCAAAGACCAUUGCCCUAGAAGAAGGCAUUUCUUUGAAAGAUGUCACGGGAACUGGUCCUCAUGGUAGAAUAGUCAAGGCAGAUGUGGAAAAGUAUUUGGCCAAUAAGCCAGCUGAAAAGAGCAAACCAGCUGCUGCUCCUACUGGAGCCACUCCAACUCCAUCCGCCUCCGCUCAAUACGAGGAUGUGCCAAUUAGCACAAUGAGAGGUAUCAUAGCUAGCCGUCUGUUGCAAUCCACCCAGGGAAUUCCAUCUUACAUUGUGUCUUCUCAGAUCUCAGUUUCUAAGCUUUUGAAGCUAAGACAAUCAUUGAACUCCACAGGUAAUGACCAAUACAAGCUAUCUGUCAACGAUAUGUUGAUAAAAGCUAUCACCGUGGCUGCAAAGAGAGUCCCUGAAGCCAAUGCAUACUGGAUGGAACAAGAUGGUGUCAUUAGAAUGUUCAAGAACGUCGACGUGUCGGUGGCCGUUGCCACCCCAACUGGUUUAUUAACUCCUAUCGUCAAGAAUGCAGACUCUAAGGGCUUAGUUUCCAUUUCAAAGGAGGUCAAAGACUUGGGAAAGCGUGCCAAGGCCAACAAGUUGAUGCCUGAAGAAUUCCAAGGUGGUACUAUCUGUAUCUCUAAUUUAGGUAUGAACAACGCUGUCUCCAUGUUCACUUCAAUUAUCAACCCACCCCAAUCCACUAUUCUAGCCAUUGGUACUGUCCAAAGAGUUCCUGUUGAGGAUGCAGGCGCUGAGUAUGGAUUCUCGUUCGAGGAUAAGAUUAACAUCACUGGUACUUUCGAUCACAGAACGAUUGAUGGUGCUCGUGCCGGUGAAUUCAUGAAGGAAUUAAAGAAGGUCAUUGAAAACCCCUUGGAAAUGCUAUUGUAG